ACGCGCAGUGCAAUUAAUUACAGGUACUGGGGGCGAAUAUCAAAGUACUUAGAAGCCACGUUGGAAACUGCGAUAUUACACCACUUUGACGUUAUAGUAGUAGCCCCGCUACUGGAGAUGCUCACUGAUUACUUGUACCGUUUGUACCCACUUCAACGAGCUCGAUUGUGGUGGUCAGUAAUGCGACCUAUGCCUAAAAGCGUUUUCGAUCGCCAACCAUUCGACAAUGCUAGUGGCGUCCAGGAAGUAACCGAUCUUUUUCGAGCGGUUGACAAGCCAAGUUUAAGCAAGUGGCCGGAAACUGAUCAUAAGAACCGUUCAGAGGCAUUGUUUGAAAAGUUCGGAUUUCGGCUGAGUGUCAAACCAUCCACACUGUCUGGCGCAGGGAAUGGCGUGUACCUAAAUGGUACGAGAGACAAAGACCAAAUUGUCAGCGUCUAUCCUGGCACAAUGUAUCUGCCAUCUGAGCCUCUUCUAUUUGCGAGUUUGCGCAAUCGCUAUAUUUUAAAAUGCGUGGAUGGCGUUUAUGUGGAUGGCAAAAAUACUGGCUUGUCCGCUCGAAUACAUAGAUCGUUGCACAAAAGAGACAAUUGGCCCGGCGCCAUUGUUACCAGCGAUGAUACGUGGUUGACAGUGUACCCAAGAAAUCCUCUGGCUGUGGGACAAAUUGUGAACAACAAUCGAUUCGCUAAUGUAAGAUACCAAGAAAUAGAUAUUCCCGGCGACUUUCCAUUAGAGUUGCGAAAGUAUAUCCCAAAUCUUUACCUCUCUGAUCAAAGUAUCGAGUCAAAUUGGAGGCUAGUUGCCCUCAUCGCCACACGAAGAAUAGAAAAUGAAGAGCUGUUCUCUACUUAUUUUGAAUGUGUAUAUUGAACAAAAAAAUAUAAAAAGAUCCAAAUUGCAGACAUAUGUACAUAUCAGCGAUUGAUUGUAAAACGUCAGCGGCGAUUCACUGCAAAACUACCCCAUAGUAUUUGCAUGGUAUUUGUGUUUACACCGC